AUGUCUCGUCCAACAUCAACAACAUUAAAUAAACCAACAGAAUAUGAAAAAUUACAACAAAUAUUAGAUAAAGUACGUGAUUUAAAACAAUCUUUAUCUAAUUUUUUUACAGAAUAUGAACAUGGUCAACCAUCAUGGCCAACAAUUCUUGAUGAAAUGAAUGUAUUAUCAUCACAAAUAACAACAUUACGUUUAUCAAUACGUCAAAUAUUACCAUUAUUACGUGCAAAUUCUAUUAUACCAAUGUGUUUAUCACCUGAAAAUGAUACUAAUAUUGAACAAUUAACUGAAAGACGUUUAUCAAUAUUUAAUCAUGAUUUUAUGCCACAAUUAUUACGUACAAAAAAUUUACCUGAAAUUGAAGAACGUGAACGUUUAUUAAAUACAAAUUCAACUAUUAAUAAUAAUAAUAAUAAUAAUAAUACUACAUUUGGUCGUACAACAACAACAUCAUCAUCAAAUGAAACUCAAAUACGUGUACAAGAAUUAAAUUCUUUAUUAAAUAAAAUAAAUGAAAUAUUUCAACAUACAAAAGAUAUGACUGAUAAAAGUGAAAAACAAUUUGAUAAACAAACAUUUACAAAUCAAAUAGAUACAAAACGUUUAUUAGAUGCUAUGAAUAAUGGUAUUGGACUUAAACAACCUGAUACAUCAUCAUCACCAAUAACAAUAAAUGAACAAACUAAUUUAAAUCAACAAAUAUCAACACAACCACAACGUGUAUCAGCACCACCAGUUAGAAUAAGAACAUUACCAAAACCAAAUCGUUAA